AUUAAUUGCUUAUUUUUUUGCCCCUUACGGCGAUUUACAGCUGUAUAUUUAACACGAACAGAAAAAAACUGUCCUCUCACAGAGAGGGAUAGUUUAAAAUGUAGAGCAUUUAUCGAGAGUCCAUAUUCACUUCAAUGUUUGUAAACAAUGUAUUUUCGCGCAGUGAAAAGCAUUAUAUUUAUGAUGAGCCAUAGAUUAUUAUGAGUGUUGGCCCUUACCAAGAUCCAGUAAACUUUUGUUCGGCCUACAGAAUUUCUUUCAAAAUCAUUCCGACAUAUUUGCUCUUAUAAAGAACAAGCUCAAAGCAAUUAUUAAAAGUCGAUUUUAAGGGAGCAAAGCUAAUUAUCCUUAAGCACGCUGCGAAUUCCGUGUUCACAGAUAAAUUUUCUACUCGUAAUAGUUAGCUAGUCUGUCGAUUAUUGUAGUAAUUAAUUUACGUCCUCAUAUUGGAACGUAUGUAUGUAAGGCUGACAUUUACCUGAACGAAUGCUUAAAGCGGCUACGUACCGUUACUCUAGAAUCUUCACGCUAACGAGCACUACAAACAUGUUAAAAUAUAGGCUUGUCUAUUUCACUUGGAGACUACCUAUCUAUAGCAUUUUCCCUUCAUAUUGACACGUGGUCAGAUACAGACUAAUGUCUUACCACCGAAUGUUCUAGUGGAGCUUAUCUGACCUUAUUCCUAGUGUGUGCAAACAUCCUGAGGUGCUUAAGGGGCGACUUUGGCACAUUAUUUUAUUGUAAUUUAUAGAACUUUAGGUACAGUGAUUGCCAUAAUGGGAUGUCUGAACAAACAUUUUCAUGUCAAUCGAAUUUCAAUUGCAGCAAUACACUGGUUAAGACCUUAAGUUAUGCUCUGAGUUCGUAAGAGAGCGAGGGCUCAAGCAGACAGAUAAUGUCCACAAAAACACACGUUCUAUGCACAUUGUAGAAUUACGUCAUUGAUAUUUUAUGAACUCCAAGGCAAUACGCUGUCUUUUGCCAGAUUCUGAUAGUUUGGUCUACACGAGCUUCAACAUAAGCCACGUACUUAAGCUGGCCACAAGUUGACCUCUGAUCGGUGUCGUCCGCGUGCCAGUGCUCAUCACUCGUUCAUUUGUCCUUUGAACACAACACGCGGACCGAGUCAGCUGCAGCCAUUGAGUCUGCCGUUCUAUCCGACCCCGAUAGCUGACUCCGUAUCGACGAAUGAACAGCGGAUAUCAGUUCGUGUGGCUGUUACCGUCGCUCCUGUUGGUGUCGCUGCGAUCUGCCGGAGACUUCUUGCCUCCUCUAUUUAUGUUAUGUAGUUCGUCGUCACUAGCUGGUUCUGCCUUGCUGGAACAUGUACACCCCAGUCGAGACACGCGAGCAGCUCUUACGAGCCAUAUAUAUAUACAUCGCCACUUGUCCUUGUAUGUGCAUGCGCGACUCAAGCGAGUCCGGUAGCGAGGAAUCUCUACAGGGCUCGCUGCUAAGAGUGGUGAAAAUAAGCUACAAGCAGACAUCUAUGACUAUCGGUCAGUGGGAGCGAACUGGUUGUCGACAAGUGGACGGGGCCAGAGCAGUUGGCUUGUCUCGAAUAAACGAUCGAUUCCAUGUAGCGUCGACGCUCGCCUUCUUAGCAGCAAUACGAGUUGCACGAGGCUAACUUCCAAGAAGUUGUUCUCACUGCAGUAGCGUUUUUUGUUCCGUGUUCGGGCGAUUUCUAGUGAUCGCUCGGAAUCGCGAGCGCCGUAGCUACAGCUCCCUGGGAGUUGUUUGCUAUGUGUGGAGGGUAUGAUUAGUCGCCUAUUUGUGUCACGCACUAGACCGAACCAAUGCGCACAUCGAAAAGCCGAUACUGGCUUAAUGGUCGUUUUUAAAAUCUUCUCACCGGAUCUGUUGCUGGCAUGCCAAGAGUUCUAGUCAAGAGUUCAGUCGUUGACCGCAGGAAGUGUGUCUAAAUAAUCGGUCGCGCCCGGCCAUCUUGAGCGACUGUGGCCGUAGUACUAGUUUAUUGGCCAGCUCAUGACAGACGCAGCGCCGGCCUCCUUGCCUAGCGCAUCUGCUUGAGAGUUCUGUCUGAGAGAAUUUCUUUUUCGCUGACUGACGGCAGUGUGACGGUGAACUGAGUUGUUCAAUGGUCGAGUAAAUCUCAAGCGUUUACUGGAUUGAGCUUGUUGUUGAUUGAACCCAGUAACAAUAAUAGAAGUAUUCGGUUCAUUGCUGUCGAUAAAGACCAGCGAAGGAAGUUAGAUGUUGUCGUUCAGUAACAACAGUACUCUUGACGAUAUUUGAUAGCUGUAUCAAUGAAUAACUUUAUCAUUUAGACAUAAAGUUAAUAACUUUUAGGUAGAGAAUGUGGUGUUUUAUGUAGCGUGCGUCGAAUUUAUCACUGUUUUGCGCGUUGUGAACUUUUAUAUAUAUAACACUAAGUUAACCGAUGAUCGAGAACGGCGGAAAAUCGGAUCAAGUGAUGAACCAUCGGCUUCACAGCGAGUUUGUGCCGAUCUGCAUAGCGUCACAAUUGUCUCGUGAUGACUGCGGCUUGAGUAGUACCGCUCGAUCCCGGAUAGUUCCGCUUUCUUUUCAAAUGUAACGUGUUCAUCGGGUGCCUUGCCUUAUACGUCUGCCAUAGACAGAGAGCAAUAAAUUGAUUGUUGCGACCAUACGAAUGAUGUCACCGACGAUGAGUGGCGAUACAGGGUUGUCAGCAUUCGCUCAACGAGGUAAAAUUGCCUUAAAACCACCUAUACCCAUAAAGCCAAAGUUACUUAGAAAUACCACAAAUAAGAACACGGGAGGUUCGUUUAACCACAACGGUGCGCCGAAGCCCAACAUAGAUUCAGGUACCAUAGACAUUAAAAGUAGCACCAAAAAACCGGCUAAGCAUGAGCUAGCUGAGCCUCCGAAAGAGAGAGGAAUUAUGGAGUUGAAGACUUCAACAGAUCAAAUGAAAUGGUCACGAUUCAAAGACACCCAGGCGGAAGCUUUCACAGGCGCCAAGAACAGCAUUACCGCUAAUGAAGGGGAACACGAGGCCAAACAGAAUGAAGACGAAGAACCGACCUAUCCCUGUAUUUGUGAGUAUAUUGAAGAAAACGGCCGAUCUCAAGCUUCUAACGACGAUCAGAUACCUUCUUUGGCAGCGCUUAGACUAUUCUGGAUGAAAAAAUCGAUGGAAGGAAUCGAUCUGCUAAUGAGAUACAAAGUGGGCCGUGAUUCCGGCAAUUCGUCUGUGGCCAGCAGUUCCAGCUGCGCUUCAUCUGGGUCGAGUUGCUGCGCGCCUUCCCAGCAUCUCGAAUCGCUUCAACUUGCAUCCCAUCUACCUCCCAAUAGAACUGGUAAGCACGGGAGACCGUUUCGGCCCCCCGUCAGUCCAAGUCCGAUGCAAGAACCCUCCAAGGGCGCUUCACUGGAUUCAAACCCUAUCACAAGUCCUGCCGCGUCCUCUGACGACGACCCGGCAUUUCCUACGAAUUCCCUACCGCGCCGGCCUUUAACAGGAGCCACCAGAGUCGAUACCCUUGAGCGGAACCGCAUAGAGGCCAUAGACGAAGAACAUAAAUACGAAACGCUCGAUCACGGCGCCAGGCCAGGGUACUAUUCUGAAGACGAAGGUGUCUGCUGCACGAACAUACAUUCGCAGUUGGCAAAAAAGGCCAAAGAGUUGGUGCGACCAUACCAAAAGGGUGACCACCCCAAAGAUCGGCCUCCCAUUCCUGCCAAGCCCCCGCGGCCCAGCCUCUCCAGGUCGAACCGACUUCCUUCAACGAGCACGAUUGUCUCGGUGCAAUUUGCAGAUGAAGGAAUCAGUGAUAAAGAAUCAAACUAUAACGAAAACCUAGAUCUCCUCCAGGAAGUGAAGGCCGCCGCCCAAACAGCCGGCUACGAACCAAUCGAUACCAGCCGAGGCAUAGUUCCCCCGAUACCCGGUGUGCCUACUUCGGGCCCACUCAUGAAAAAAGACAAAGACCGUAAGGUUGUUUCUAGAUUUGAAGAUUCCAUGGAGGCAGAACGGAGAGAGUUUUGGCCAGUUCUCGCAACACAGACGUCUAUCGACCUAAAAGGUGGCAAGCCUCGAACACAGGCACCCAAUGACGCGGAGGCUAUGCCAAUUGAAGUCAAGGUCGCUUCUUCAAAAAUAAGCUAUGAGAACGUUAAAGCUGUGAAGGGUGGCCUAGUUGUAGCUCCCACCAUGCCUAAUGAAAAGAGAGGACUCAUGCAGCGUGUCAAAAGUAUCAAAAUGGAGAAUCCAUUCAAAAAGGGCGACGGCGAUGAAGAUGGUGGAGCCGAUUCUAGUGAGAAAAAGCCUGGACUUAUGGGCAAAAUGUUCAAACGAGAAAAGGAAGCUGGCGGUGAAGAAUCCGAAGACAAAAAAUCAUUUUCGGAUACGUUUAGUAAAGUUUUUCAUCGUGAAAAGAAGGCCGACGCUGAUAUUGAUCCUAACGUUUUUCAGGAGGAAAAAAUAACAUUAUCGGAUAAGCUGGGCAAGAUGUUUAACAAGGAAGCUAAAGAAUCAAAAGAUCCAUCUUCCGAAGGAGGCGAGAAGAAAUCCUCCUUUAUAUCGAAAGUAUUUAGCAAAGAAUCAAAAGAACUUAAAGUUCCUACCGGAAGCGUUGACAGCGAAAAGAAACCCACAUUAAUAAAUAAAAUGUUCUCGAAAGAAGCGAAAGAAGAAAAGGAGCUUUGUGGGAAGGAAGAAGGCGCAGAAAAGAAACCUUUGUUCCCAAAAAUGUUUACCAAGGAGUCAAAAGAAGCCAGGAGCGGUCUGGAAGGUGAAGACGAGCAUAAACAGUCAUUAAUUAGUUGGGUGUUUUCGCGUGCCGCCAAGGACGGCGAACAAUCUAAUGAAGGCGAGGAAGAUCAGGAGAAAAAAACGUUUUCCGAGAUGAUGGGUGAUUUUACGGGUAAAGUGUUUACAAAGACGAGCAAGGAAGAGGGCGAUCACGCUAAGAACCACGGCCAACAACAAGGCGAGAAAAAGACUUUCAUCGAUAAAUACUUCCCUACCGAAAAACCAAUAAUUCAGCAAGUAGUUCUCACCGAAGAAAUGGAGCCCGAUCUCAAGAAGAGACGCAUGGGCAGAAUUACGAGCUUUCAAUAUACAAAAGAAACCGAAGGAGACACAGAAUCGCCGGCUAAGAAGAUGCUCAUAGAAAAUCUGGAUAGGAUUACCACUAAAGUUAAAAAAGUCCAAGAAAUGAUGCCCAAGGCGAUAGCUAGCAAAACCGAAAGCGGCCCUAAAUCCGAAAAUGGUUCGCCUGAAAUGGACGACAACAAGGAAAGCAAAAAUACUAAACAUGAUUACGAGAUCACAACCCAAAUCGUCUUUACUAAAGACCUGCCGUCCGGGAUUCACAAGCAAACAAAAACAGAAUCGGAAAGCGGCAAUCUUCCCAAUCGCGAAGAUCUGCAUAUCACCUCCGUUAUUAUGCCUGUUCUUGCCGAGUCAACAGGGGAUAACAAGUCGGCCACUGAUAAGACUACCUUCUUUGCUAAAAUUGGCGAUAGUGAAAUUGAGGUAAAGGAAGACCACUACGGGAGAAUACAGGUGGGUGAACGAAAGGAGCCAAUUUAUGCACGCCCAUUUAAGAUGCUCAAAAGAAGUCUCCAAGAUCUCUCAAAAUCAACGCCUUCCCUGUCAGCUCGUGAAGAGUCUAUUCAGUACAUGGACGCCAGCGAAGUCGCCGAAGAAGUAAAGGAAGAACCAGUCAACCAUCAUUACGACGAACUCGGCGAGCCGGGAAAGAAACAGCUGCUCGUGAAAGAAUUUAAGGUGAGGGGCAUUCGCGGCAGCCCCAAGGUGAUUAAGAUUGAAACCCAGCUUGUCAAAGGAAAAAGUACCAGUGCCCUCAACGAGCCAGCUACGAUAACGACGAUAAAGACAGUCGAAAAACAAAAACCCCCGGUGCCACCCAGGCCCCGACCGACAACUCCUACAAUUAUCGGCAAACCAUCUUCGCCACCUACAACGCCUAUAUCUUUAGCCAUGGAGGCUACUCCUUUGGCUCGGGCUGAGUGCUCGUCAAUAGAUGGUACAAGUGUUCCGAGCACCAGAGCGACAACACCAUCGUCACUGAUUUGCGAAGGCGGGUCAGGCAAAAAAAUCCCGCCCGCACGUCCGCCCCCACCGCGCAUUGCCACGGUGACCACUAAAGUCACCCCGACGGCCAUCACAACGACGACGGUAUCAUCUGAUACAAGACCACAGACCACAACAUUUAAAAAGCCUCCAAAACCACAAAGGCCGCCACCCCCAAAAGUUUCCGUUACGAAAACUGUUACCAAAAUGCCAAUCGUUAGCGGCAGCGAUAAAUACUCUGUUUAUUGUCAAACAGAUGUUAAUCUUAGUACGGAUUUACUGGCGCGCAUCGAGCGAGUUGUAUCUUCCGGGGGCGGAGUUUAUGAAGGUGCACCGUAUAAACUUGCGCGGUCGCGAUCUGGAUCUUUCGAGAACGUCCACAGUGCAUCACCUUCAUGCCUUCCCACAUUCGCAAACAAGCCGACCAGUUCAUUGUUCCUGACCACUUUCUAUGACGAACCUGUAUGCCUUCGCAAAGGUGCAUCGUUGAACGAGAGCGACCUCUCAAAACGUAUCUCCAGUCUACAAAUCGCCGAACAGGAAGAACUGCCACCAUUAAUCCCUCCUAAGCUCGGCUCCAGUUGCUGUAGUGGCCUUGGGACUUUACAGCGGAGCCGUAUGAGCGAAACUGACGCCGACUCUGGAGAUUCGGUCUAUUACGACUGUACUAGGCCGGAUGAGUACCGAUCGGUAACGUUUGCCGCUGAGGAAGAUGUUCGAUAUUAUGAUCGAGUCACCGACGAGAGCCGAAGUAACUCUCUGUCCCAAAACACUCCGUCAUUUUCCGUGGCAACUAAUGAGGCCAAUCCGGACGACAGUUUGCCUGAAAAAUCUGACUGCUUAAUCACAAAGCAAAGCACUCUAAAGUCGUCUCGUCAAAGAGAUCCCAGCUUGGAUUCGGAUUCUGACUGGUCGGAUGGGCCUAUUCCGCGGCCAAAGCCGUCCCCUUCAAUCCUGCUCAAGAAAAGGCCGCUCUCAACCCGUACGCAACGAGAUCCCGAUAGCUCCUCAACGGACACCGAUAACCAUGAACCUGUGCCUCAUUCUCAUCCAAGAAAGAGGAUCGUCAAGCGGUCUCCAAUCCACUCGACGAACGAGCCGAGAAUCCCUGAAGGGUUCAAGCGUUACCAGGUCUCUGAUUCAGAUGAAGAUACGGACGAUCUAUUGAAGCGUGCCACUGAGGUGCAGGACCAGCUACGAAAACUCCUUUCUUACCGCACUAAACAGCUGCGAGUGUGUCUCGAGGCGGAGAUGUCCUCGUCUACCGACGCCGACCACGACGUCAUUGGACGCCGUACUCUUCCACUGCAAGAAGAGCCUGUGGCUGAAGACCAAGUAGAUGUUGAGGGCGUACUUGACGAAGGAUCAAGCGAUUCGGAAGAGGACAAAGAGUUGACACCGCCUCCUUCGGACCCGAAGGAAAAGGCUAGAAAGCAUGCGGCAAAUGUAGCCUGGGAAAUGGCAAACUCAGAGGCCAUUUUUGUUGACGCGCUCAAACUUAUAGUAGAGGACUUUAAAGGAGCUAUUGAUAAUGCACGUGAAGAGCGCGGCGAUAUCUUGGUUCCAAAUGAGGUACUCGAUCCAAUCCUGCUUUAUCUACCCGAACUAUUAACGUUCUCUUCAGAUCUCCUAGAUAAGCUCGACGCGCGGGUCAAACGCUACAAUAUCGAUCAUGUAAUCGCUGAUGUGUUUGUCAAAAUCGGACAAUUUCUAAAGCUUUACUCACAUUAUAUCAAAGACUAUCAGACCAGAUGCAACUAUCUAGAGGAUGCGCGAAAGCGCUAUCCGGAAUUCAAUCAAGUUAUGCAACAAUUCGAGGCGAGUCCUCGAUGUCAAAAGUUGACCGUCGUACAGCAUAUGCUGAAACCGGUACAACGAAUACCGCAGUAUCGUCUGCUUCUCAGAGACUAUCUUCGAAAUCUUGACGAAGAGCAUCCUGACAGGGCCAACACGGAGACCGCUCUCCAGAUCGUCAGCCAAGUGGCAGACCAUGCAAACGAAGCUAUUAAACAGGGGGAUAAACAUGCGGAAAUGGUUCGUCUGCAAAACAGUCUCAUUACGCCGCGUUUUAACGUAUUUACUCCUGGUCGAAUGCUCAUCAAACAAGGGAUAUUAGAGAAGCAUAAUCGGAAAACGUCGCAGCAAAAACAAGUCGUUUUGUUCACAGACUGCCUCGUAUACAUGACGCAGGUGCAGUCCACCCUAAAUACAUUCAGACUCAAUCGGGAAUUGCCGCUGGCAGGUCUGACUGUUAAGCGUGACGAAGCAUUUCCAAAAGAAUUUCAGGUUCUUUCAGCUUCUAAAUCGUUCAUUCUCAUCGCACAGACUUCGGAGGAGCGCGAAGAAUGGAUCGAAGCGAUACAGGCCGCCGUAAACGACUACAAACGAAAACGGCUUACAUUAGUCACACCACAUGAACAUAAUAAUCAGGCCAUUUUGGAAGGAGAAUCGAUAGUGCAGCAGGCCCCCGUUUGGACACCCGACUGUCGUGUCACAAUGUGCCAGAACUGUCAGGCGGGUUUUACGACUUUCCGUCGAAGGCAUCACUGUCGAGCAUGUGGACGUGUUGUCUGCGGUUCGUGCUCAAAACGCGAGGCCUGGCUAAAUUUCAACGGAGGAAGCUUUGAGCGCGUCUGCGAUAGCUGUGUCAUCAAGUUUCCGCGCGAACGACUAAAAUCGUCGGCAGGCUUGCCUGAGGUCACCCCUGAUACACCGACGCCAGAUCCGUCGAAGUGUAACAACAUAAUUUUUUUCUCAAGGUGUCUAACGUUUCUGUGGCCGCCAGCUGUCCAGACCUGUCGUUUUGGUGCGAAUAAUCGCAGCGGAGUUCCUGUCAUUGUGGUUACGCCCCCAGCCAAACACGAAUGUUAUGAGAUAUGUGGCGCCAACGACGAUGGGUGCACGAUGAGUGGAUAUCUGAAAUUGUUUAGAAAAGGGGGUUGGAAACGAUACUGGUACGUACUGAAGAAGCGGGUAUUGUUCGUCUACAAGGCGAGCGCGGACGUCGCGCCGAUCAAUCGGCUGCCUGUGCUCGGAUACGAGGUCGUCGACGCCGACGACGCCAAAAAGGCCGAUCAACAAGAUUUAUGUUUCAAGCUGCGUCACCAGGGCCUCGAGGACGUCGUGUUGUGCGCGGAAGAUCCUGAAACGGCCGCGAAGUGGAAGCAGCGUAUUCGGGAUGCGACGCAGCUCGAACCCACGUCGCCUCAUGAGCCUUCCGCGUCUUAGUCCGGAACGCCUCUCAACGACGAACCAUCGCACAAAGCAAUUGGUGACAUUAUAGAGUAAACCCUUAUGCAGCUGAUUUUGGCCAAAAACAGUUGUUGUUACUAUUGUUGUGUACAUAAGAAAAAAAAAGCUUUUAGAGUCUACACCCUCUCUAAAACGGCUUUUCUUAAACAGCCCGAGCUUAUAUGUAUGAAAAUACGUAUACUUUGCGAUUAUUAUGGCCAUUACGCACUCUUACAUACAUACAUACAUGCCAGCUAAUGUAUUGGAAUUGUCUGUCGUUUUUUUCAGUGUCUUACGUGCCGAAAACUAGGGAGAGACAUUAGCAUAAUUUAUUAGCUUAUAUUUAAGCUCGGUUAUGUGUUAGCUGCUUUUUGGCCGAAGUAGAGCCUUCAGAAGUUAUUGACAGUGUAAAGGAAACAAACUCGAGAAACGGAUCAACAUUUACUUGAGUGAUAGUAGAAUAACAAUAACAGUACUAAUUAAUAAACAGUAGCACAAAUGGCUUGGUUUUAUACAAUCCACAUUGAACGUCCACAGACAGACUAUACACCUUUACAGACACGUUCAGUUGAACGUGAUACGAGAUUCAACGCAAUAACGGGGUUGUUAGGCGUCUUUAAUUCGUAUAGCUGAUUGGACAGCCAGUGCAUGAAUGUACAGCGUUUGCAAGCGAGCGCCGUAGUAAAGUCAUAGUAAAAUAAUUUGUGCACCUAUGAAAAUGCACUAGACAGAUAUGAGCUAUACAUAUCAAAAGAUAAGUAGUCGUACAGUCAGCUUACACCGAGAGAAAUAGCAAGGCCAGUAAUGUACCGAGGAGCUUGAAGGGGUUUAUUUACUUUCUACACGUUGCUCCUACUUUUAAUCAACCAGAGAUCAGCGAAUACCUGCAAAUAAUGCAUAAAAUUCGCGACGUUAGUGAGAAAGUGCAAUGAAUAUACAUGUUACGUACCGCAAUUAUUUCUCUCUACCCUGUUGUUUCCACAGGUUUCGAUAAAAAUACAGCAUAUUUGCGUGCAGCAUACAAACAGACAUGUGCUUUAAACACUACGAGUGAUUAGAUGCUAGAGAGAUAAAAAUGGCAGCGGAAUGUAUGUUAGUUGUACGACUCCUGGGUAGAGCUCGAAAAUAGGGUCUCUAGCCAAAUCGCCUCACCUAAAUACGGUGAAGUGUUAAACGAAUUAUCUGUUGUUCAUAUAAAUUAUAUAUAAGAUAAACAUCAUUAUAUUUAUUAUGAUUAUGAUUUUUCUUGUUACUAUGAAGUAAAAACACUAAAAGAAGAGCGAAAAUCAUAUUUAUUGCUCGAGAAGUCUGA